AUGUCCUGUUUUAGACUUACUCUCCAAGUUGCUGCAUUAAUUCUUGUUGUUUUGAUGGUGAAAGCAAGCAAUGUAGCAUGCCAUACCAAAGGCAUAAGACCCAAGCGAGCUUCUCGUGUGGCGCCGGUGAACGCGACGCAAGUCGAAUACUCGCAACAGCAGUUCAUAAAGUGGGUCGAUUUCAUGGGCAGCCUCAAGCAUUCCCUCUUCAAGACAGCCAAGAAUAAGGUUUUCCCUUCUUACACUCUAACUGUGGACAGGAAUCCAUUGUAUGGGGACUUCACUUCCAUUCAACAAGCAAUCGAUUCUAUCCCUUUAGUCAAUGUUUUGAGGGUCCUCAUCAAGGUUCAUGCAGGGGUUUACAAGGAGAAAGUGAUAAUACCGGCACUGAAAUCAUUUAUAAGCAUAGAAGGGGCAGGGGCAGAUAGGACAGUUGUGGAGUGGGGCGACACGGCCCAGACAAAGGGACCGAGAGGCCUGCCGCUCGGCACCUACGGGUCGGCCACCUUUGCCGUCAACUCCCCUUACUUCAUUGCCAAGAACAUUACGUUUAAGAACACGACGCCGGUGCCAGAGGCGGGGGCAGUCGGGAAGCAAGCGGUGGCGCUGCGAAUAUCGGGGGACACGGCGGCCUUUGUGGGGUGCAAAUUUCUCGGGGCACAGGACACGCUGUACGACCAUUUGGGCAGGCAUUACUACAAAGAUUGCUACAUUGAGGGCUCCGUAGAUUUCAUCUUCGGAAAUGGUCUAUCCUUGUUUGAGAAUUGCGAGGUGCACGCCAUAGCGACGUUGACGGGCGCUGUGACAGCUCAGGGCCGGAGCAGCAUACUUGAGGACACGGGGUUCUCGUUCGUGAAUUGUAAGGUAACGGGUUCGGGGGCGCUGUACCUGGGAAGGGCGUGGGGCCCAUUCUCAAGGGUGGUCUUCGCCUACACUUACAUGGACAACAUCAUCAUCCCAAAGGGUUGGUACAAUUGGGGAGACCCUUCAAGAGAAAUGACGGUGUUCUAUGGACAAUACAAGUGCACAGGGGCAGGAGCAAGUUUUGCAGGAAGAGUGUCUUGGUCAAGAGAACUCACUGAACAAGAGGCUAAGCCUUUCAUUUCCCUCACCUUCAUUGAUGGAUCUGAAUGGAUUACAUUAUGA